UUUUUUAUAGCAGUACAUUCAAGUUCCUUUCAAAAUAAAACCCUCCCUGUGUUGAAUUAGAAGACUUAUUUAAAUAAAAAUGCAAGAAAGUCAAAUGACACAUGACAUUUUCUUGGUACACUUUCCUCCAUUUUCUCCUUUUACUAUAGAAGGUAAACAUGACAACAUUAGUGUAGUUUUUUUUUUUUCUUCCAUCGAUAUGAGCUUCUACCCCAGACAACAAAAUCCCUUCCUUUAUCCUUGUUCCCUUAGUCGAGUGUCAGGAACCUUGUGGUGUUUUUUGACAAAAUCUCUAUCUUUGGAAGAACACGAUAAAAAUAACGUCAAAAACAUCUUAUCUAAACCUGACUGGAGAAGAUUAUCCAUGCUUUUAUCUCUUCAGGUUUAGAUUGUCAUACUUCACUUUUUAACUGUGUAAGCUUUUUAAAACGCUCAAAACUCUGUGGCAAGGCUUUUAACAGGAGCCAAUCAACAAGCACACAUAACUAUGGAGUUAUCUGUGUCUUAUUGGCUUCAAGGUAAAUUUUAAAAUGUUACCUGUAGUUUUUAGAGCCUUGCAUGGACUAACUCCCAAAUACAUCGCUGACCUAUUAACCCUCGACUCUACGGUCCGGUCCUUGAGGUCUUCAAACCAAAAUCUGUUACAAAUUCCAAAAAAUCCCUUUGGAACAACCUUUGUUAGUACAACAGAUUGACUCCGUUGAGUGUUUUAAAAGUCCGGUCAAGACGUUUUUAUUCGGAAGAGCUUUAAGUUCAUCAAUUUUUGUCUUUUAUUGUUGCUUUUACGUUUGCUUUUUUUUUGUUUACAAUACACUGUAUAUGUAUGACUGGCUGUAAUUUCAUGUGUUUUUACUCUUAUGAAGCACUACAGAAAUAAAUAUUUACUUCCUUGCUUACUUUAACCUUAUUCUAAUAAUAAACCACUCUUAAUUUUGUAUUUCUUUACUAAAAAUCCAAUGACAUAACCUAAUUGACUAAUUUGCUAAUGAACCAAAACUACAAACCUGUUAUUUAUUGAAAUUGUUUCCGUUUUUUUAAACUAAAGAGCAAAAAUGAAGGCAUUACGGAGCCUCAUGAGGCUUCAGAGCCUCAGGUUGCAGAUCCCGAUAUUAACUGCUAAUAUGCACCUCAUAAUGUUCUUAAAUAAAGUGUGAAAUCUGUUUUGAAUGAGCCUUUUACAAAAACACUGCACAGCUGUCAGGUAGAGAACAGCAGAAUAUUUUGGUUAAUGUGAGACUUUCAAAAUCCCUUCUGUCCCCAUUCAUCUCACUUCAAAUCAUCUCUUUAUUGAGAUAUAAAGGAGCUAUCUCCCAUGUGCAUGACCUCAAUAAAUCCUUUUAUUGUUUCAAAGGUAGAGCUUGUAAUUCUAAAAAUUAGUAACUCUCAGUCUGGGGUUUCUUUCAUCUUCACAUGAGCAUCCUGUCAGGUCGCACAUCUGGGGUUUCCCUGUAAGCUCACAAAAGUUAGAAAUGGAAAAAACUGUAGAAAUAAGGUCGCUGUUUAGUCUAAGAAGGUCUCAAACGAACGAGGCGAAGGAGCGACGGGCUUCAGCAGGCCGCUCCUCUGGAUAACAUGGAACCCAGGUGAACCAGGUCACACCUGCUGUGUAAGUUUGCUUUAACUUACUUAUAAUUACAUUUAAAAACCAGAAAUGUGUCAGUUUAACAAUACAUUUUAAGUGCUGUUUACCUCACUUCAAAGAACAUGAAAAACGGCACAACUACUGUCAGUCAGAAUCAACAUUUUUUCCUGUCUUAGCUUAAAAACAUUUGCUGACAGCGACGUGCUGAAUGGGAUCAGACGCGCUGAAGGUCAUUGGCCCCUUUAGGUUCAUUUCAACUCACUUAAAUCGUGAUGCGUCUUCACAAAGCCAGACGUUCCUGGCAGACAGAGGUUUGGUGAGAGCGGAUCGGAUCAGAAAGGAUGGACGACCUGAUGAUCUGAGCGAUCAGUUGCUACUUUUUCUCAUGUUGGCAAGACUGCUGUGUACCUGCAUGACUAAGGAUGAGAUGCUGAGUGUUUGCCAAUUCAGGAGAGAUGAGAUGAAUCACCUCGCAGCUAUUUGGGGAUGCAUUCUCUUUCUUACUUUUUCCAGCAAACACUUUCCUCUUCUCUGUGUCGACUGUGGGAGUUUUAUUGCCCAUGGAUACCUCACAGUGGAGCCAGCUCCACUCUUCCUGCUGGGGUCAAAUCUGUCAGUCUACUGCCACAUCCAUGAAUGUAGUAAAUGGGGGUCCAAGAUGUCCCUGGAACUCAGAAACAAGACAGUAACUAUUUACGAUUUGUCCCAAAGAAUCAACUGCACCACUGCAUUGCUCAAUGUGCCGUCGGUCCUGAUCCCACGAUCCUCCGCCGUCUGCAAGAUGAAGACGGAUCAAAAAUCCAACUGGAUUGUUGUUAAUGGACUGGAUCUGCAGGCUGGUCUCCCUCCAGACAAACCUGCAAAUAUCACCUGUGAAACAACAAGGAGCUCACAGAGCAUCAGAUGUUCAUGGCAGAGAGGGCGGGAAACACACCUGCCAAGAUCCUACAAGAUUUCCAUCAGAGAAAAUGGGAAAAACCUGUCCCAACAUAUCCAGGAUGGCGAAAUAAUCCACAUACUACGAACAAUGUUGGAUGAAAACACUAAAUACCAGCUGAGCGUUGAGGCUUCUAACCACUUUGGAGCAUCGCGCUCCGACCCUUUCAUUCUCUGUGUGAAGGAUGUAGUGAUACCAGAGACUCCUGAUAUUGUAGCAAUAGAGUUUAGGAACAUUUCCGUAAAAGCCGUGUUACGCUGGAAAACCCCUGAGUCAGCAGCACAUCUCAGACCCCACGUCAGGUUUCGUACAAACAACAGGGACUUUUGGGUGGAGACGAAGGGAGAGAUAAAAGAGAGCCUGGUAAUAGUAGACGACCUGAAGCCCCUGACUGAAUACCAGUUCCAGAUGAGAGUUUGUGACUCAGCAUCUGAGCAUACAACAGACGACACUCCCAGCUUUAGUGUAAAACCACGCUGCAGUAGAUGGAGCUCCUCUUUCAAAAAGACAAGCCCUGGAAAAGGUCCAUCCCAGCAGCUGCAGGUGUGGAGGAUCCUUGAAGGUGACGACAAAAACAGCCUGAGGAAUAUUACUGUAUUGUGGAAGCCGCCAUCUCCAGGGGAUUACAAUGGAGAGAUUCUACAUUACAAGGUCUUAAUUAAAGAUUUCCAUGAGAAGAUCUGUGCAGCUGCCUCCAACAUGUGUUCAGUUCUGGUACCAGAAGAGGUUCAGGCCCUGAGCAUCAGUGCAGUCACCCCGUACGGGACCUCUCCUCCUGCUGAGGUGGAAAUCAGACAGUCAGGUGUUUCAGGACCAAGCUUGCAGGAUCUUAUUCCUGCAGCGGAUGGCAGCUCCGUGCUCGUCUCCUGGUCAUCCCCGACUGAAGGAGAACUGUUGUACUACAUGAUAGAAUGGUCCAGCUUUCCUGCUGCUGACCUGCAAUGGAAAAAACUGGACAAAAAUCAGACGAACACAUUGAUCACAGGAUUAACUGCUGGAGUGAGAUUUAAUGUGUCUCUGUAUGCUGCAACCAGCAGAGGUAUCAGCUCUCCAUCGUCCAGCCUGGUUUACUCCAGAGAAGAAAAGCCGACUUCUGGUCCGAUCCCAUACGUUCUGGUCCAUGAAGCCAGGCGGCUCCUGAUCCAGUGGAACGAGCUGCCUAUAGACCAGCAAAGAGGCUUCAUCAUAAACUACACCAUAUAUUUGCAGAAACAGGGCUCCAGAGGCAAUCAGCAAAGUGUCACAGUAUCGGGAUCUGGGCCCAGACAGAUGUGGCUGGACUGUCCAGAGGGGACUCUGGCUCUUCAAAUGACAGCAACGAACUCGGCAGGAGAAGGACUUCAGGGGCCAAGGAUCUGGUCUCAGCCUGCAGCUCCAGCAGUUGGCCUGGUGGUUGUGAUCGUCUUCUCUGCUGCCAUCUUCUUCACAGCCAUUGCAAACCUGAUGUGCUGCAGCUGUGUGAGGAAAAGGAUCAAACAAAAAUUCCUGUCCUGGGGGCCGGCGUGGCUUGUUGUGAAUUUGCCAAAACCAGGGCACAGUAAUGCUAUCAGACUGCUAAAGAAUGACAGCAGCGACCCGGUAUUGUCAUCCACCAACGAUAGUGACCCCCCACUGUCCCCCAUCACUGUGAUCUCCCAGGAGAGGGAUGAAGUGUACCCCACCAUCCAUGUGGAUUUGUCCCAGAUUGGCUCAGGCCCAUGCACAUCCAUGUCAGAGACUGGGGCCUUACUGGCUGAACAUGCUGGCUACAAACCACAGAUUGCUACACUGGAUCCAGGAGAAGAGGAGGAGAUCGAUGAAGAGGAAGAGCAGGAAGAUGCUGCAGAAAAUCCAGAUAAAGACCCAUUUUCCAGCUCAUGUGGAGACUUACUGUCGGGCUUGUUAUCGAGUGUAGAAGUGGAGUACUCGGACACAUUCCAGGGGCUGACCCUCGGUUCUAUUGCUGGAUUUUUGUGGCCAAAAAGUGUGGAAACAAAUAUCUUAAGUAGCAUCUUUUUACAAGGGAAACGGACUACAGCGGAUUGUGUGGAGGCCGACAGUGCCUCUGUCGACAUGCGUCAGGACUCCGACAUUCGGACUUCUCACAUAGCUGACAUGAACCUGUCUUGGUGUGCAGGUGAGAUGAAGCUGGACUCUGGUUACUUCCCCCAAGUCACUGCUGUCAGCGGCUCCCAGGUCACCGCAGAGCAGCAGCAAAAGCAACGGGAGUGACACAAAUAUCACUAAGUUUCAAGGAAGCAUUAUGUCUCAGAGCGAGAUCAACUUUUACCUCAUGAACUGGUUUCAUUUGCACUGUCAAAAAAAUAAUUCAACUAAAACAUUAAAUAAAAAAAUUAAAUUUUCA